GAUAAAUUUGUAAUCGUCUAAGCAACUUUUCAUAAUUUACUCGAUAAGUCAUACUUCGAUUUUUUUUUUUUCUUCCUAAAAUAUCCUCAUUAAUAUUUGGUGUGAUAUAGGAAGGAAAAUACUUUUUUUUUUCUCCAACUCUUAGAGUAAUUUAAUGCUAUUUUGGACUGUUCUUUUUGCCGUGAAAUUUGGAAAUUGCUUCUUCUGGUUAGUUUUCUUCUCUCUCUCACUUCUUACAAGUGUCUCUAGUAAGUCUCAGCGUUACAACUACGCCUUUCUCCAUCUGGCCACCAUGGAGAGAUUAAAAAACAGCAAAAGUAGGGUUGUUAAUCACUUUUGGUCGAAUAACACGAUGCCACCCCAGCUAAUCAAAACAUAAGGGAGGGGCUAAUUAGGCUUUGCAUCUGUUCAUGAAAGAAUAUAAGGUAGUGUAGCAUUGUGCCUUUUUUGGGAGAGUGGCGGUUUGUGGUCUUGGCUUAAUUAGCUUUGCUCAAUUUGAUUUAUUAUAGGGAAGACGAAGACGAAGACGAAGAGGUGCCUAGCUAUCUAGGGCAAACAUGGUGAUCACUGUGCUUGAUCAUGAAUUUCAGAAUGAAUUAUGUGAAAGUGACUCUGAAUAUCCUCCCAAAAAGGUGGAAGAUGGAGAAGUAGAUGAUGAUGGCAAGCCCAAAAGAACUGUGUGGACUGCAUGUGCACAUAUAAUCACAACAUCAAUAGGUGCUGGGGUGCUUUCUCUGGCAUGGGCAAUGGCUCAACUUGGUUGGGUUGCUGGCAUUUUCAUUCUCUUAUUUUGCACCUUUGCUGCCCUUUAUGCUGCCACUCUCCUAACAGAUUGCUAUAGAUUUCCAGACCCAGUUACAGGCAAGAGAAAUUACUCUUACAUGGAAGCUGUCGAAGCCUAUUUAGGUGGAAGAAUGUACAAGUUCUGUGGAUGGAUGUUGUAUUUAAAUCUCGCUACAAUCGGAAUCGGCUUUACUAUUACUACAGCUAAAAGCAUGGUGGCUAUACAGAAAUCUAAUUGCCAUCGAAAAAAUGGUGGUGAUGACCCAUGCAUGUUCUCCAAUAUUCCACACGUGGUUGGGUUUGGAAUUGUUGAAAUUCUCUUAUCUCAACUCCCAAACUUUCACAAGCUCUCUUGGCUCUCAAAGCUUGCAGCAAUUACGUCUUUUGGUUAUGCCUCUAUCGGAAUUGGACUUUCCCUUUCAAAAAUCUUAACGGGGCAUGGAGGAAAAACCUCUGUUGCAGGAGUGGACCCAUCUUCAUCCGAUAAGAUUUGGAGGAUGUUUGCAGCAGCUGGAGAUGUUGCAUUUGCUUGUUCAUAUGCUCUGGUGCUUUUUGAUAUCCAAGACACACUCAAGUCAUUGCCACCAGAGAACAAAGUGAUGAAGAAGGCUGUCUCAAUUGGGGGGUUAAUUAUGAUAAUAUUCUUCAUCAUGUGUAGUACCUCGGGUUAUGCUGCAUUUGGUGACAAGACCCCAGAAAAUCUGCUGGCUGGUUUUGGAGAUGAUAUGGCCUUUUGGCUAGUUGAUUUGGCCAAUGUUUUUAUUGUGGUGCACAUAGUUGGUGCAUAUCAGGUACUUUGCCAACCAGUCUUCCGAAUUGUUGAAUUACUGGCUAGAAGGAGGUGGCCAAAAUCCAAGUUCAUAAACAGAGAGAACCCAAUUAGAUUUGGAAAGAUCAGAUUCAAUAUCAACAUGUUUAGGCUGUCAUGGAGAACAGCGUAUGGGGUGGUGGUCACAAUUGUUGCCAUUGCUCUGCCUUUCUUCUCAGACAUGCUUGCCCUCCUUGGAGCCAUUGGCUACUGGCCACUUAUAGUCUACAUCCCACUGGAGAUGCACAUUGCGCAGAAAAAGAUUGGGAAGCUAACAAUUCGAUGGUUUGGGCUCCAGUUGUUGAGCUUUCUGUGCUUGCUUCUUUCCUUGGCUGCAGCAUCUGGUGCUAUUCAUGGUCUUUACAAGGGCCUCAAUGCUUACAAGCUCUUCCAAUUUAAAGAGUGAACUGAACCCAAAAUUGGUAUGCUUAUUCUAAAUAAAAAUAAGGAUCUAAUUAUGUAAUAAAAACAUGACUCUAAUUAUGUAACAAAACAAUCCACUACCA